GCAUAUCUUCCACGGGUCCUUUGAGAUCUUGGACCUGAUGCCGUACUUCCGCCUUGAAGAGAAGCCCCAUCUACGAGGCUUGGGUGAUGACAGCAGCAUGUCAGCCAAGGCCUUUCGAGCCAUCCAGGGCCACCUCAAGCAAAAGCCACCAGUAGUGCUGCUGGAAGUGCCCGACUGGGACAGAUGCCCUCAGCAGCAAGGCGCCAUGAAGUUCCUGAGCACCAACCUUCUAUCUUACGACUACUACCAUGGCAGAUGUGUGGCCAUGGAUCUGCCUGAACCCUUGAGUGGAAGCAGCCGCUUGAUCAUCUUCCUUGUGCGGAAGGACAUCAUGAGCGGCCAGAAGUUGCUUCAGACGGUGCAACUCGCCAAGUACCUGCUGCUGAAGCUCCCCGCACGGCAAGUCGAGUUGCUGGAUGAGACCAUUUGUUCGCCGGAGCGGCCGGAGAAGCCGCCCAUUGGAGCCAGUGUGAAGAGAGAUGGAGUCUAUCGAACCCACCUGCAAGCGCAGCAGCCAGAUCACUGGCUGCUGCAAGAGCCCUGGAGCAAAUAUCUGAAGAGACUGAACCAGGUCUGCAAGCAGGCAAAGACAGAGAAGGUCGACUGGAGUCGCGUUUUGGUGGAUCUGGGCGAGGAGCAGACGAUCUGGUCAGAUGAUGGUCAGCUUCCCAAUGCAAGCAGCCCCUGGCACUACUCUCUUGCGAAACACCGUCUUCUGCGAGGCGACGAGGAGCUGCUCUGCCGUGGCUACCCCUGCGAGAUGGCGCUGCUGCGGCACCUGACAGAUGAUCAGCGUCGACAUCUGGCCGCACGCAGUUCCAGCUCCGUCCAGCUUUUGGGCGCGUGCCUCGCGGCCUUGCUCAGCAUGUCUGACUGGAUUUCGUUCAGCCCUGCGCUGCAAGCCCUGAGCUUUCAGGGUGAGCUGCCGGAUCUGUCGGAGAUCAGCUGUGAGGAGCCCACUUGUUCGGAGUUGAAUGAGGAGGAUGAGUCGCAGGUCAUUCAGAGCCGUGCGGUGCAGUGCUACAGUUUGCUACAGCGCUUGGUGGAGCAGAAAUCGAAGAGCAAGGGCAAGAAGUCAAUCCUGGACAAGGCGGUGCAAAGUGCCAUGAAGGAGCGAGUUCAAGAGAUCAAGGGCAGUAAGGAGGGCUUAGAGCAGGAAGCAGACAGCCUGAUGAGGAGCUUCGAUGACGAGAUAGUGGACCUGGCGGACAGGAAGCGAAAGCUCACGUACUACUUCUCAAGGACAGGUGGGUGCUUGCCGUUCGACCAUGCGAUGAGCUGGACAUUCCAAGCGGCCAUCGAAGGGUAUGACCCAAAAGAAUUGGCGCAAGAUGUCAUCAACGCAGGCCUGCUCUACAUGAACGAGUGCAUUUCCCUAGUGAUUCACGAGGAUGGCAAGCAAAGGAAGCAUGCCAACAAGCUGGACAAGAGCCUCACUGGCUUGGACAAGUACCACACUGAGUUCCUCAAAGGUUUGGAGUCAAAGAGUCGCGCCUGGCCGGAGAACCUGCGCGAGGCCUUCUUGAACUUCAAGCGCUACUGCUUGGUGCGUUUCUUUCUGAGAGGCGACUUCGCCCAAAAGCCCAUCGAAGAGUACGUGGCUAACAUCAUGCCGGUCGUCGCCACGUCUGGCAUUGGCAAAGCACUGAUGAAAGUGCUGGAGGAUGUAAGCAAGCGCUGGGGUGACGAGGAGUGGGCAAAGUUCAGCCGAUGCGGUGGGUUGAAAGAACUGGCGCAGGUCUUGGUCAAGGUAGCGGAGGCUGAAGAGAAGGUUCUUCCAGUCAAGGUCCAGAAGAAAAUGCAGCAGAUGCUGCAGAAGUUUUCUUCGGAUGACGAGUUGAAGAAGACCCAUGGCUUUCUCCGGGCGGCUUUGCAGCUGGCAUCUGGCAUGAAGGACGAGAACUUCUUCAAAAAACUCGAGGUGGCAACGGUGGACCUGUGUAUCGAUCUGCUGCAGAAGCCAAAUAUUGAGGAGACGGUCUUGUUUCUGAAGGACCUGCAGCAGCCGCGUUUCCAGUGGACGGUCGGAG